AUGUUUGGAAGUUCUACAUUUGGUAAUCAAUCAAAGUAUAAUGUUAAUGGAAGUAUUGAAUUAAGUGAUUGUCCUAAUGAUUCUAUUAAUAAGGUAUGUUGGUCAAUGAAUUCAUCAUUAAUUGCAGCUGCAUCUUGGGAUAAAACAGUUAGGGUUUGGGAAGUACAAGAUAUGGGUGGUAAUUCCAUAAAUACAAGAUUUGGAGCCGCAUUUCAACAUAAUGCACCAGUUUUAGGAUGUACUAUUAGUUCUGAUAAUCGAUAUUUAUUUUCAGGAGGAUGUGAUAAUGAAUUAAAGAUGCAUGAUAUGAAUACACGUCAGAGCCAGACUAUUGGGAAACAUGAUGGUCCAAUAUGCCAAAUAUUUUGGUGUGAUGAACAGAAAAUGGUAGUAACAGGAAGUUGGGAUAGAACAGUAAAAUUUUGGAAUGGUCAAUCUCCAAAUCCAGUAUAUAUAUUAAAUAUUCCAGAGCGUGUAUAUACAAUGGAUCUUAAAUAUCCUGCACUUGUUAUUGCUGCAGCAGAUCAUGCAGUAUAUGUAUGGAAUUUACAGAAUAUGACACCUACACCAUAUAAAAGGAUUCAAACUCAAUUAAAAUUACAACCACGUUCAAUUUCAUUAUUUCCUGAUAGAACUGGUUUUGCUAUUGGUUCAAUUGAAGGAAGAUGUGCAGUAGCACAUAUUGAAGAAUCACGUAGAGAUAAGAAUUUUCCAUUUAGAUGCCAUAGGGUUACAGGUAGUAAUCCUGAUAUAGCUUAUUCAAUUAAUGCUUUGGAUUUUCAUUUACAAUAUGGUACAUUUGCAACAGGAGGUAGUGAUGGUGCUAUAGCAUUUUGGGAUAAGGAUAAUAGGACACGAUUAACAGGUCUUAAGACAAUGCCAACUCCUGUAACUGAUAUUAAAUUUAGCCCAUCUGGUAAAUUAUUAGCAUAUUCAUUAAGCUAUGAUUGGAGUAAAGGAUAUGACUUAACUGCAAUAAAUAAUAGCUGUAAUAAAGUUUUUUUACAUGUGAUGACAGAUGAACAUAUAUGUCCUAAGAAUAAACGUAGUUAA